AUGCAGCCGUUACAAGCGACACCAGAAAUGUGCUACUAUUGCUUCGAGGUUCUCAUUGGGGCGUUGGUGGAAAAUCGAACGCCCGGUAGAUUGCCUGGCUUUGUUAAUGAUCUACCUGAUAGAUUAGUGGAAUGUCCUCUCUUUGUCACUUGGGAGAAAAUGCACAACCGAACAUGGCAGCUGCGUGGAUGUAUCGGGACGCUAAGUCCAAGGCGUCUAGAUUCUAGUGUUGGUGAAUAUGCACUGACAAGCGCGCUUAGGGAUCGUCGAUUUCAUCCCAUCAAAAAGUCUGAAAUCAGGAGUCUUCGAGUUGGUGUCAGUUUGCUGAUCGACUAUGAAGUCUGCCGAGAUGUUUACGAUUGGACCGUGGGAGUACAUGGUAUCCUUAUCAAAUUCCAAAUGGGGGGAAAUCAGUUCAGUGCCACAUACCUGCCAGAAGUUGCCCAGGAACAGAGAUGGGAUCAAGCCACAACAGUUAUGAGCCUUAUUCAGAAGGCAGGUUAUGAUGGUGCAGUUUCCAACGAACUGUUGGGAUCUAUUGGAUGCACUCGCUACAAGAGUUCGAAAUGCAAGGUACCAUUUGAUGAGUUUGUAUCCCAGAAAUGCCAAGGCCAAAGCCCUUUGUUAAUGAACAAUGAUGGAAAUCGAAGACGAGAUAUCGUAGCAGCGGGAUGCAAGAUCAGCUAG